GAGCAGUUCAUAUCUAGUGCUGAAAAGGUUCAGAAGCACUAGGGAAAAACUGUGAUAUUUCUAUAUUGUUCUAUACAGCGCAUGAAAGGAAUGGUAAAAAGAUGAGAUACACAGUAUAUUGAAUGCAAGUGUAGAUGAAGGAGGAUCACACCAAGCACAAAAACUAAUUCUACAGGGGACUUUGAAACCAUGAGCCUUUUGUCCCAGCUCUGCUCAUUUGCCUUUGGGUGUAAUGUCUUCACACUGGGCAUUAUCUGCACCCUGUGCCUUCUGCUGCUGGAUUACAUGAAGAGCAGGAAACCCUGCAAAAAUUUCCCACCAAGCCCUCCUUCCAAGCCCUUUGUGGGGAAUCUACUGCAGUUAAACUUUAGAAACCUACACAACAGCUUCAAACAGCUCUCUAAACAGUAUGGGGAUGUGAUGAGCCUGCAGGUCUUUUGGAAACCCAUGGUGGUGCUCAAUGGAUUGGAAGUAAUGAAAGAGGCUUUAAUACAGAAGUCAGAGGAUACAGCAGAUCGUCCAGAAUUCCACAUGUUUGAAAUCCUUGGGUUUGUUGGAAACAACAAAGCUGUGGUGUUAGCAAAUUAUGGCCAAUCUUGGAAGGAUUUAAGAAGAUUUACCUUGUCUACACUGAGGGAUUUUGGGAUGGGAAAAAAAUCCCUGGAGGAGAGAGUGAGAGAAGAAGCUGGGUACCUGUGUGCCGCGUUCCAGUCUGAGCAAGGUCGUCCCUUUGACCCACAUAUUUUACUGAACACAGCAGUUAGUAACAUUAUCUGCUCUAUCAUAUUUGGUGAACGGUUUGAAUAUGACGAUCACACAUUCCAGAAGCUGCUGUGUCUAAUUGAAGAAAGUGUAAAAGCAGAAUCUGGGACAGUGCCCCAGAUUAUAGCUUCACUUCCAUGGUCAUCUAAGAUUCCAGGCCUAGCCAAGAUGUUUUUCCAACCUCAGAUACGUAUGCUUAAAUAUCUACAAGAAAUUAUCAAAGAUCAUCAGCAAACAUGGGAUUCUGGGCACACAAGGGAUUUUAUUGAUGCCUUUAUGCUUGAGAUGGAAAAGGCAAAAGGAGUUAAAGACAGUAAUUUUAAUGAACAGAAUCUUCUGUUAACUACAGCUGACUUAUUUUCAGCUGGCUCAGAAACUACAACCACAACUCUGAGAUGGGGCCUGCUAUUUAUGUUGCUGUAUCCAAAUGUGCAAAGAAAGGUGCAUGAGGAAAUUGACCACGUGAUUGGAAGAACCAGGAAGCCAACAAUGGGAGAUGUGUUGCAGAUGCCUUAUACCAAUGCAGUAAUCCAUGAAAUCCAGCGUUACGCGGAUAUAAUCCCUCUGUCUGUGCCACAUAUGACAUACAGAGAUACACAUAUCAAAGGCUUUUUCAUCCCAAAAGGUGUCACUAUUAUGACCAACCUGUCCUCUGUGCUUAAAGAUGAGAAAGCCUGGGAAAAGCCUUUUCAGUUUUAUCCGGAGCAUUUUCUUGAUAGCGACGGCAAGUUUGUAAAAAGAGAAGCAUUUAUGGCAUUUUCUGCUGGUCGCCGUGUUUGUCUAGGAGAGCAGUUGGCCAGGAUGGAACUGUUCCUCUUCUUCACGACUCUCCUGCAGCGUUUCUCCUUUGAGAUUCCUUAUGGCGAGCCCAGCCCACGGGAAGAUCCUGUGUUUGUUUACUUGCAGGUCCCACAUGAUUAUAAAAUGUGUGCCAAGGUUAGAUAACUUGCUACUCUUGUUUCCUAAUUGUAAUAAACAUUGAAUAAAAA